GAGCAUGAACACUUUUUGGAAAACAGAGGCUCAGUAAUAUUCCGUCCAGUAAUAUUAUACACGCGCAGGUUCUCCGGUUCCCAUUCCGUCUAGCGCACUGAGUCCAACAAAGAAGCAGCCAAAGCCUCGCCGGGACGGAACCAUCGUCUCCCACCAUCCCCUGCCUUCCUCACAGGUCUGUCAAAUACUGUUGAUUGGUUGAUUCUUCAGCGAGAGAUGGAAGCCAUUGUCUAUAAUCUUCACCCGUUUGUCUCAACUUCAGUCACUCGUAAAACCCACAAUUCACCCAGCUUUUCUACUAACCAGGCGCCCGUAUUGGUCUCCUCCAUUAACAGCAGCAAGAAGAAGACGACGACCCCUGCUGGAAGGUCUCAGAAAGUCUCCGAUUCUGAGAAUGGCUCAAAACCCAGUGACUAAGCAGCAGAAGGUUGUGAUACCGAACAAGCACGGAGAGAAGCUCGUGGGCGUGCUGCACGAGACGGGGUCCAAAGAGAUCGUGAUCCUGUGCCAUGGAUUCACCUGUAACAAGGAGAAUAUAAUUAUGGUAAACCUCGCUGUUGCGCUGGAGAAGGAAGGAAUCACAGCAUUCCGCUUUGACUUUGCUGGGAAUGGGGAGAGUGAAGGAACUUUUGAAUAUGGUAGUUAUUGGAGAGAAGCCGAAGAUUUGCGAUCGGUUGUUGAACACUUCAAGGCAGAGAAUCGUGUUAUACCUGCAGUUCUCGGACACAGUAAAGGAGGUCGUGUCGUACUACUCUAUGCUUCUAAGUACUACGAUAUUGGAGCUGUUGUGAAUAUAUCGGGGCGGUACAAUAUGGAAGGAGGUGUGAAAGAACGUCUAGGAGAAGAUUACAUGGAGGUUCUGAAGAAGGAUGGUUUCAUUGAUGUCGAGAACAAAUCAGGUAAUCUUCCAAGUACAUGCUAGUAAUUCUACCUUUCUGCUUUUAUUCUUUUUCUGCUGCCAAGUUAGCAGGCAAUUGCUAAUGAAUUUGGGACAAAUACAUGCUAGAUAUGAGUAGUUACACUGUUAGCUGAGUACCGUAUCCAAACAAGGUACUAGGAAAGUUUCCAGGCCUAAACGGACUAUGUCUAAAAGUAUAUACCCGCAGAAUUGUUUCUAAAUGGAAAUUAGCAAAAUUAUGAUCAAGCUUCUCCAGAGGCUAAGUUCUUCUGUGCAAGCUGAAGCUUUAUCGAGCAUUUCGGUUUUGCGUAUUAUUAUCUGGCAUCUAGAAAACAGGAGGCAGCUACACAAGGCUUGGAGAAUCAAUGGGGAGGUCUGAGCAGUUUUAAAACUACACUCGCUAGAGUAUUGUUUGAGUGGGAGAAAGAUCUUUUUUUUUUUAAUUUUUUUUUUUUAAAAAAAAUAUCAGCUUGGCUAGUCUGUUAUUCCUCAAUUCUCCCUUAGCAUUAGUAUCAUGAGAUUUCCGAGUACCUGCAUCGUGGAUUCUAUGGAGGUAGUGAACAAGAACUUAGAAACAGUCCCUGUAUUCCAGAGACACGGGUUUAAUGCUUUAAUGCUAGGUAGUUCAGCGUACACUCAUUGAUGGAAAAAUCUCCAUUUUUCUCAUCUCUCUUCUCUCUCCUUUUGCUUGUUCAAUGGAGAAGAAGAAUUCUCAAAAGAAUAAUUGAUUAGACCAAGGAGAAAUGGAGAGUAGACAACUUUGUCUCACAUGAUUUAGAGAGUUGUAAACAACCAUCCAGAAGCGAAAAAGAGAGGUUUGUUGAGCUCUUUUUGUUUGGCGGACUCAAUAUAGGAGAGAAGGGAGGAACGU